AUGACAUUGGACCCUGAUUCGCUUGUCUUCUGUUCCAAAUACACGCCGAAUCGAAACCUAUGUCGUGUCCUCAGUGGCAGUGCUGUCUCUUUUUGUUGGUACGUAUUGAAGGUGUGUAUACGGAGUUUCUCGAGUUGCGUAGGCACCGGGAUUUCUUCUUCUUCUUCUUCUUCUUCUUCUUCUUCUUCUUCUUCUUCGUCGUCGUCGUCUGACGUCGCGGGUGACGUCUCCAGUGACGUCGCCGGUGACACCGACGUUCCUCUUUCUGUGGGUCCUCCCGCAAAUCUGCCGCCGAUAUCAGACCCCGCGUUCUUCUUCCGUCCCGCCGAAAUGUCCUUUGGCGCUCGCCGCCUUACAGACCCGCUUUCGGGGCCUCUCGCUAUUCAUAGCUGCGAGCUUUCUUUUUCACUCUCUCUCUCUCUCUCUCUCUCUCUCUCUCUCACUCUCUCUCUCUCUAUCUCUCUCUCUAUGUAUCUCUCUCUCUCACUCACUCACUCGUACACACACCAGCAACAUCUAUCUAUCUAUCUAUCUAUCUAUCUAUCUAUCUAUCUAUCUAUCUCCGUGUUUUCGUUUUCUAUCUACCUAUAUAUCUAUCUAUCCCAGUCUCUUCAUUAUCUAUUGUUAUAUAUACCUUACUUAUGA